AUGGGCCCUUCGCCAGUCCCUGGCGGCGAGUCAGGCUACGAGCCGUUUUACCCCAGCAAUGUACGACUGGACGGGUCCGUCAAGCGCUUCAUCAGCCAUUUCUUCGAGGUAUCCGACACGCCGGACACAGUCGACGAGUGGGUGGAUCUUUUCCAUGACGAUGCAACAGUCAUCAUGGGCAAAGACGUUGCUAAGGGCAAAGAUGGCUCCAAGAAGGACCGGAAGAAUGGCAAAGAGGGUGGCAGCGUCGUCGCAGCGGUGACAAAGCACGCUGCUAAGUUCUCCAAUGGGAAUGCCACCAAAGACUUCUCGUCGAGCCCCUCGCCAGUGGUCUCUCCGGAGAUAAAGCCCACCAGCCUCCCCUCCUAUGACAACCCGGUUAGCUCGCCGUUGCUCGACGCCGUCUCCUCGACCUCCUACGCAACAAGCAACUCACCAAGUGCUAGGGAAUGGGCCCGAGGAAUAUCCGCAGGCAUGGCUGGGUCACCCGGAAACCUCAUCAGCUUGAUUGGGGAGUCCCCGCCCACGGCUCCUUCUUCCUACGAGGAUACACAGGGUAUCAGGUCUGGCUGGUCUUCGCCGCGGCCGGUUGUCGGUUUCCACCCGCCCUCCGCCUCUACCCCGAACGCCGCCCGCCGCCCGCUUAGCUUUCACAUGGAUGGCCGCUCUACCUCGCCGCCGGAUGCUCAUCUCCAGCUUGCCGCUGCUGCGGCCAGACGAGGUUCGAUGCAUUCCCAUUACGCUCAGAUGCGUGGAAGCACGAACCCGCCCCUUCCACACCAGCCACAACCGCACUUUUACGGCGCCCCUGCUCUCGAGAUCGAUAUGCAACCGAGGUCCGGGAUGAAGGCAGGUGAAAAGGGCUAUUGGUUGGGCUUUGAUACUCUAUCCCCGCCGAAUGCCGACUGCGUCCCUGGAAAGGACAACGUAGUCCUUGCCGGCUAUGAGGGAGGCCUGGAGGUGUUCUCUGUUGGGAAACGAGGCCCUGAAACGUAUGCCAGCCUGAAAGGGCUGCGCGGAGGAGUCUAUCACGCUAAGGUCCUGCCGUGGACACCAGCUAGCGCUGGCAUUUUCCCGUUGGUGGCUGUGGUCAUUCACGGACCCAACAUCCCACUGCCGCCUGCCGAAGUCACGGUCGAAGGCGACUAUGACGCCGUUUCGGCCGACAGGUCUGAAGCCAUGACGAAUAUAGGUUCGGACUCGGCAACCCGGAAUAUCGGCAACAGAAUGGCCGCUGGCUUCGUUGAGUCCUACCAGACGACGGUUGAGGUGUUUUCUUUGAAGACGGGCCGCCAGGUGAGCGUCCUCCUUGAGGCGCCUAAGAUCCCCUUAAAGUCGCCCAUCACCAGUCCGAGCUUCCAGGCGCCUCCCCCAAGCGGUGCGUUCCACAUCCAUGCAGAUGGAGGCACUAUCGUCGUGUCGUCCGGCAUCACCGGCGAAUGCUGGGUCUAUCGGCAAACUUCUGCUUUGGGCGAACACCCAUUUCACUUCAGGUGCCACGGGAAACUGUGGACUACCCUUCAGCAGCCCCCGAAAGGGGACGCCGCACAGGAGGCUGAGCGGGGCCGUAGUCCCAUCCCGCCGCGUGCCCGACCGCAGGCUGCAAUUCUUAGUGUCAGUGGAAGAUGGAUUGCCUAUUGCCCUGCAGCUCCAUCUUCCCAAAUCUCCUUGCGAGCGCAUGUCCCGGUGCCUGCGCACGGCCGUGCUCCAGGACUGGUCUCCAUGACGCCUCCGCAACUACCACCGGCCAACGCGGAUGUCGAACUGCCCUUGUCUGAGAGCGUCAUGAACAAGAUCAUGCGAGACGCCACUCAGGAACUAAUUCAAGGCGCCAAGUGGUUCGGAAAGCAGGGCUGGCAAGCCUGGAACAACUACUGGAAUCCGCAGCCCAGUCAGCAACCCCGAUCACCAACCCUUCCACCCCAGAGCUGGGGUGGCCAGGAGACAGCCCAAUUUCCCCCGACACAUGGGACCGUCGCUCCGCCGAUAGCGAAAGAGCCAGGUAUGGUGUCGAUUUUGGAUGCUGAAAGCCUCAGUUCUUUUGCGAAUCCACAUCCGCUUGCGACGUUCAGCAUUCCCCACGGCUGCAGCUUCCUGUCCUUUGCGCCCUCGGGCCUUUUCCUGUUCAGCGCGAGUAGCAAGGGCGAUGUACAGACGGUGUGGGAUCUGAUGCGUAUCCAGCAAACCAAAUCAUCAGCGCUCCAGGCUACUGGCUUGCCCUCGGGUGGUCCACGGGUACGCCAGGUUGCACAGUUCUCUCGUAUGACAGUGGCACGCAUUGUCGCCGUGGCGUGGACGCAUCCCAACGGCGAGCGUGCGGCCAUGGUUACCGAACGGGGCACAGUCCAUUUACUGGAUCUCCCAUCAAGCGCCUUCAACUGGCCUCCCCCACGCCGUCGCCGGUCGCAGGAAGCGAAGAACCAGACUGUGGAGGGACCGUCUUCAGCCGUCGCACUCGCAUCGAAUGCAUUGAGCUCUGUCCGGGACGUUGCACGGCCGCUCAUUAACCGCCAGCGUCGGAGCAACUCCAAUGUCCCGCCCCUGACCGGCUCGGGCAUUGGAGAAUACGCCGCUCAUGGUGGCAAGGUCAUCGCUGCUGGCAUCAGCCAUUCUCUAGGCAAGACUGGUAACGCCAUCAGCCAACUCAGGCACACGGGAGAGAACAGGGCAUCACUCCCAAGCUCGGCCGCCCCGCCUGGACCAUCGUGCGUGGCUUGGGUCACCGGAAGGAAGGGCCACUCGCUCUUCGUCCUCGGCGGCGGCCUCGUGCGUACAUUCCCGACGAAGACUCGGAGGGUUUCCUCGGGAAGCGACAAGCGGGCCCCACGCCUUUCCCGAUACAAAGACUUCCAGCUCCCGUUGCUGCCGGACGACACUUUUUCGCCGGUUGUCAGGGCUAUCCUGGAUCCUGAUGAGUACAUCGACCACGCAGAGCGGAACCUAGAUGCAGGUACCAGCACCAUGGUACUCAAUCAGGCCCGGCUCCGCAGGCAGUCUCAUGAUGUCAGCGCGGAAUCAUCCAUCCCUCAAGCCGAGAUCGAAUCUAGUUCACCGUACCAACCAUUCCACACGGACAGGCGGGUGGUGCAGUACGAGAUAGUGCCCUCAUCUCUAGGCCCCGCCCAGGACCAGCCCGCAAUGUCUAUCACCGCUCUUUUGGCAGUGACGUCGCUGGAGGACAGCCCAGAGACGUUGACUCCACGUCGAAAGAAAGGACCCAAACCUACGCAACAAAUAUUGGCUCAGACACAUGACGCUUCACCAUCGACAACAGUCACCACAUCAGGAGGCGCAUCUACGCCUACCGGGGCGUGGGCAUUUGGACAACCCGUCAAAGCGACUAAGCUGGAUCUGGGUCUGCCGCACCUGCUGGAGGACGAGGCGGUUACUGUCCCGCUGGACGCGUCGCGCGCGCUACCAGCUUCUGCUAUGGAAAGGAUCCUGCAGCGGACUGGUGACGACGAGGCGCAGAUUGUGAUCACCACGCGGCGAAGGCGUGGAGCAAGCGCUCCCGAACACGAUGACGGGUUCUUUGAAGACGAUUGCGAGGUGCUUGAUUUUGCUGACCAGAGGGUCUGA